CACAAAGAUGGCGUAUUUUUCGGUAUCGAAGUAAACGACAACGCACAGCGUCGAGUAUCGCGGAAAAUCAACGCAAAUUUUACGGUAAAAUAUAGUCGCAAACGAACGUAAAUAGCUAAAGUUUACUCGCGAUAACCAUUGCAAAACGUUAAUCACUAGUGUGAAUCGCUCCACGAAUGUACUGCGCGUAAAACAAGAGACACACACGAUAACCCGUAGCCACACACGCUCAAAUUGAAUCCUGCGGUCGAUCCGGAAGGUUCAGUGUAGUAUAAACCGUGGAACAGAGUAGCAGAACAAAAACACAUGUUUCUGUCUUUCCAUCGAACCUUGUAGUUCCAGCGUGAAGAGUCAGUUCGAUUCAACAACGAUUCAGCAACAACGCAUAAUUGCGCUGUGAAGUCGUACGAUCACGGAACGAUCGCGAGUUGAUUAAAUCGUGUGACUUUCGAGUCAGACUGUACCAGAACCGCAGAUUCAUCCGUGGACGCGUGUGUCUGAGCAAACAAACUCGUGUAAUUUGUUGGAUCGAAAUUCUUGAUCCGAUCCGAUCGUGAAGCGAUGUCAGUACGUCGGCGCGAAUUAAGUCCUCCUCCGGGGCGAGGUCCGGGAAGUGGAGCUGGCGGUGGUCCGCUCGGUGGCAGCAGCAAACUUCGUAUGGACCGGAAUCCUAGCCGUGCGAAGAUAACUGAUCCAAGCCAUCCGGCAGGCAAGCGGAAAGAGAUCGAUAACGUAAUGAAGAAGGCCCGUGCUUUCCCGAAUGAAACGUGGGACAAGAAGCUUUUGGAAGUGGAAGAAAAAGAUCCCAACCGUUGGCGUCAUACAGGGUACAAAAAACUUUACAUUGAAGAUGAUCCAAGCAGCUCAGAUUCCGACCGUGGACCAGGUGGUGGCGGCGGUGGUGUUGGUCCUGGUGGUGGUGGUGGUGGAGCUGGUGGUCGUUAUGGAAACGGUAGACGCAGUAGAUCUCCGCGAUCACCGCGUCCGACUCAUCGACGCUCACCGUCACCGAUGCAAGCAAUGCGCAAACGCCAUAUAUCGCCACUGUCGCCCGUCCCGAUGCGUCGUCGGUCUCCCUCACCGUCACCAAUCAAUCGUAAACCACCACCGCCUGAACUGAAACGACGGCCGCGAUCGCCAUCACCGAGAAUGCGCCGCAAAUCACCGAUGGGGAUGAUGCGCCGUCCCAUGUCACCAGGCGAAAUGCGAAGGCGCCCAUCACCACCGGGUAUGGGGCCGGAUUCACCACGCAGACUACCACGCCGUAUGUCACCACAUUUGGGGCCUCCGCCAUCGAAGGGUGGACGGAUGCCACCAGUACCACGUUCGAAGCGACCUCCGUCACCACCACCAAGGAUGAGUCGUUCGGCCUCCAUGAGUAGCUGUUCCGAUGACUCUUGUUCCGGUUGUUCGGUCGACGAUCAUCGUCGUCGUCGUCGCCGUUCAAGAGCACGAUCACCACCGCACAACAACGGUUCGAAAGGCCUCCGUCGGGAGGGCCUCGCGGGCAACCAUGAAAGUCGUCUGCGUCCAAUGAGUCCACCACCAGUGGAUCCACGUCGUAAGCAUCUGCCACCACCCGAACCGCUGCCAAAAGGGCAUCGUGUUUUGGAGAAGACUUCACGAGAUCAUCGCCCAUCCCGAUCGGGUCCACCGCCACCAUCGGAGCAGCGCUCAAGACGUCCACAAACACCUGAUUCCGAUCGUGCUUUGUCACCGCCAAAGCGCUCCAAACAUACAAGCAAACCGUCUAGCACUGUGCCAGCACCGGACGAAACACGGCCAGCGAAGGUGCGUGCAUCGAAACAGCAGGUAGCACCAUCGUCCGAUGUAGCUGGCUCGAAUGGUCACGAUGCUGGUACAUCCCGUGCGACAACCUCUUCACAGGCGGCAGCAGCUUCAAGCUCAUCGAGCACGACCCACAAAAAACAUCAUAAAGACAAGAGUGCGGAUAAAUUGCGUGCCCGUGUGAAAAUUGAAGGCGAACCAAAACGUCGUUCCCGACCGCGUUCACCGUCAAGCGGUUCGGAGGAAUCGAGCAGUAGCGAAAGUUCCCUACCCCGUUUUACGGCCACUACCCGCAUGACACUUUCGGAGCGCUUUGGUAAAAUGGCACAGUGGAGUGUUGAUCGAUCAAAUAUGGAAAACAUGCGUAUCACAAAGAACUCGUCCGGCGGGGAUCUUAAAGUGAUGAUCGAGGAGGAACUUGAAGCACCACCGACGCGUUACACCUACUCACCCGCUCCAGCUGGACACUUCCCAGAAGAGUUGAUGACUACUGGUCCGAGCGGUCUAUCAUCGUGGGAUGACGUACGGGUACGAUACGAGUACUACAAGGGACGUGGGUAUUUGCGAGAUCUCGAUCUGCAAGAUUACAUUAAGUGGGAGGAAUGGUGGUACAAGUACCAAGAAUGGUUGAAACAAGAACGAUACUACGAACUGUGGGAACGUUCGCAAAUGAACCGUAGACGAAAGAAGAUUCCCAUUGCCCAACGGCUAAACUAAGGAGAGAGAGAGAGAGAGAGAGAGAGAGAGAAAGAGAGAGAGAGAGAGAGAGAGAAAGAGAGAGAGAGAGAGACAGACAGAGAGAGAGAGAGUAGCCGCCGUUCCGAAUUUUUGAAAAGUCUAUUUAUCUCUCAAUUGAAUUUUUAGUAAAAAAAAGGAUUCAUCGAGCGCAGAAAAUUGACACCAUCAUAACAGGUAUAUGUUGAAAGUAAUUAUGCACGAGAGCUACACGUGCAUCAGAGUAAUGACUACGAAAUAAUGCAUUAAUUUUAUCUAUUUAAACCAUUUAUGAUCAUACUUGUAGAAAUUUCCAUCUCGAAACGUUUGUUAUAUUACUAAUGUUCUGUCUUUAUUUUAUACACAAAACUACAACAUUGAAAUCAGUUUUUGGUAGUUUGUUUUUUCAUCUUCAACGUACAAGUGUGGAUUUUAUUUUACAUUCGAUUCAAUCACUUUUUACGCCGUCGAAGAAUUUUGAGUAAGUCCAACCAAGGAAUCAGUACCCGAGUGUACCAAAUAAGAUUUUUUUAUCCCGACUUACAAACAAGCGUGAAAUGAAAUGUUGGAAAGCUUUUUCCUAUCUCAAUAAAUUUAACGUUAUUACACUGAAAGCUGUAAUAGUCAGAACGUAAAACAACAUAAUAUUUUUAAGAGCAAUAGCUGUGUGACCUCAGUUCCCGUUCGGCGAUGAUUUUAGCCUAGGAAUGUCGAUGUGCAAAUUAAGAGAAAAAUAAAUAAGUAUAAGCAGUAAAUAACUAACU